AUGGCCGCCACCAUUGACGUCGCCUCUCUCAACAAAGACUCCGCCCCGGAGCACGAAUCCAAAAUCAUAUCCAUCCUCUCCAACGCCAUCAACACCCUUCCCCCCACGGAGCUCUCGGCCGAAACUACAGCCGGCGAAAUCGACGCCCUCUAUCCAUCUGACUCUUCUGCCGCCGAAGACUUCCUCUGGAGCUUCUGGACGCUCAUCGUCUCCGUGGCCAAGAAAAUUCCCGCCGACGAUCCCCGCCAGCAGCUCCUCGUAACGACGAUUGCGAAACUCAAGGCCAAGAGGGACGAAGAGGUCGAGAUGUGGGGACAGAAGACGAGAGUCUGGAGUGAAUUGCCCAUGUUGGGACCCGUCAUGAGAGAUGAGUGGAAUCUGUCCCCCGAUUUUGACGGCUCAGAAAAGGACAAUGCUACGAUUCAGGAAUGGAUUUCUCUGAAUUCGUUUGCUGCGCGGUUAUACGGCGCUUCGCUGCAGUCGUGGGUGAACCUGGGUAUUUGGGAGUUGCGCUCUGGUCUGGAGGAACCGCCUGAGGAUAGACCAAAUGCCAAGGAGACGAGGGUUGCUACUGCGUAUGAAUGGAUUACGCACGCCGGCAAAGAGUUGCAUGCCAAUGGACAGCAGGUUCAGCAGUUGGAUGCCAUGGAGCAGCGGGCCCUUAAACCAGGGUCGUUGCUUAAGAUUGAGGCGUCGGGGUUGAGUAAUGAACGAUGGAGGUUCUGGCGGGAAAGGAUCGGAGUUUUGGGUGCCGGAGCAGGAAGUGGUGCUGCAAAGGAGAAGGCACAGAGAGCCGUUGAGGUAAUGAAGGACCUUGAGGGCAACUAA